AUGGCGAAACUGACAUGUGAGCAAACGGGUGUUAAUGUGCAUACUCCUCUCAUCGCUCGAGAGGAAGGUGAGAUUCCAGAGCACCCUCGGCGAGAGCGAGGAAGUGAUUCUCAGACUCAAGUCCCGGCAAGCAUAGCCUACCUUCUCUACAUUUCACAUUUCUUGUCAACAUGGAAUUCCCGCGUGUUUGAGUUCGGAGCCGUUCUCUACUUGGCCACAAUCUACCCAAGCACCCUAUUGCCCAUGUCUGUAUAUGCGCUCUCGCGUGGCCUAGCAGCAAUUCUCUUUGCACCCGCCGUGGGUCAUUAUAUCGAUGUUGGAAACCGUUUACAGGUUGUUCGUGUCUCAAUCGGUGCAUUUUUACCCGUUCUGAUGUUCUCGAAAAGAAUGUCGCAAGUGGUCAAUCAAUGUUUGCUGGCAACUUUGGCGCUUCUAGCGUGCAUCGAGAAGCUAUGUUCCGUCAUGAACCUGGUCUCCGUGGAAAAGGAUUGGGUUGUGGUUGUUGCCGGGGAAGACCAUGAAAGCCUCAAAACCAUGAACGUGCAGAUGCGACGGAUUGACCUUAUCUGCAAGUUAAUCGGACCUCUCUUCAUUGCGUUCAUUGACAGCUCAUCACCGAAGACCGCCAUUCGUGUCAACUUCGGAAUGAGUGCCGGUUCGGUGGCUGUUGAAUAUUUCUCAAUCGCCCGGGUUUAUUACAAGGUACCGAAAUUACAGGAGCCAAGGCGCUUCACUACAGAUGAAAUUUUGGGUGUGGAAGGUGAACCAUCAAAUAUUUGGAGGGGUUGUUGCAAUAUGGCUCGAAAGUUCUUAGGAGAUUUCCGCUCUUACCUUCAUCAUCGCAUGUUCCUUCCGUCUUUCGCCGGGGCUUUGCUUUAUCUGACUGUUUUGUCCUUCGCAGGACAAAUGGUCACCUGGCUCUUGGCAGAAGGCUACGAUUCGACUCAAAUUUCCGUUGCGAGAACCUUGUCCGUGAUAUUCGAGGUGCUCGCCACAUGGGUUGCGCCCUGGCUUAUGGGAAAAGUCGGACUUAUUCGUGCCGGUAUCUGGUUGGCAAAUUGGCAGGUUGCUUGCUUAAUAGGCGGAACAGUCAUCUUUCGGAGAUCCUCGAGUAAUCCUUUUAUCUCAGCAUCGGGCCUUGUGGGCGGUGCAAUUCUCAGUCGCCUGGGGUUGCGAGGGUUUGAUCUUUGCGUGCAGAUUAUUAUACAAGAGGUUAGUUGA